GACGGCGGCGGCGCGAUUGCUAAGUCUGAGCGACGAGAGGCAAACAUGGCCCAAGCACCCACUGAUCCCAGUAGUGCCGAAACUGCUGACCCAGAGGAGAGUUCUCCAAAUAUGAUAGUCUACAGAAAGAUUGAAGACAUCAUUACGAGAAUGCAAGAUGACAAAACAGGUGGAGUUCCCAUCCGCACUGUCAAGAGCUUUCUGUCCAAAAUCCCCAGCGUGGUCACCGGUUCUGAUAUUGUGCAGUGGCUUAUGAAGAACCUCAGCAUUGAGGAUGCAGGGGAAGCAAUACACUUGGGAAGUCUUAUUGCUGCACAGGGUUAUGUCUUUCCCAUCUCAGACCAUGUCCUUACCCUGAAAGAUGAUGGGACGUUCUAUCGUUUUCAGGCACCAUACUUUUGGCCUUCAAACUGCUGGGAACCAGAAAACACAGAUUAUGCCAUCUAUCUUUGCAAACGGACCAUGCAGAACAAAGCUAGGCUGGAGCUGGCGGAUUAUGAAGCCGAAAACUUAGCAAGGCUUCAGAGGGCGUUUGCAAGAAAGUGGGAAUUCAUCUUCAUGCAAGCAGAGGCCCAAGUGAAAAUCGACAGGAAAAAAGAUAAAACAGAAAGAAAGAUUUUGGACAGCCAGGAAAGAGCAUUCUGGGAUGUGCACAGGCCUGUGCCAGGCUGUGUGAACACCACAGAAAUGGACAUUAGAAAAUGUCGCCGUAUGAAAAACCCACAAAAAGUGAAAAAGUCAGUGUAUGGGGUUACAGAGGAGACUCAGCCCCAAAGCCCUGUACACCUGCCCUCCCAACCGCUGCGCAAAACGACAAAAGAGGAUUUCCGGAAGCAAAUAACUUUUCUGAACAUGCAGAUAGAGAGACAUUGUUUAAAGAUGUCCAAAGUAGCAGAAAGUUUAAUAGCCUACACAGAGCAGUAUGUGGAAUAUGACCCCUUUAUAACUCCUGCUGAGCCUUCCAAUCCCUGGAUAAGUGAUGAUGCAGCAUUGUGGGACAUUGAAAUGAGCAAAGAACCUAGUCAGCAGCGUGUGAAAAGAUGGGGUUUCUCCAUGGAUGAGGUGCUGAAGGACCCCGUAGGACGAGACCAGUUCCUUCGUUUCCUGGAAUCAGAAUUCAGCUCAGAAAACCUCAGGUUUUGGUUGGCUGUCCAGGAUCUCAAGAAACAACCUUUACAGGAUGUGACCGCCAGAGUGGAAGAAAUCUGGCAGGAGUUUCUAGCUCCUGGGGCCCAAAGUGCUAUCAACCUGGAUUCCCACAGCUAUGAGAAAACAAGCCAAAAUGUCAAAGACCCAGGGAGAUAUACAUACGAAGAUGCACAGGAGCACAUUUACAAGCUGAUGAAGAGUGACAGCUACGCACGCUUUCUGCGUUCAAACGCUUACCAGGACUUACUGCUGGCGAAGAAGAAGCCAGAGAAUGAGCAAGGUCGUAGAACUUCUCUAGAAAAGUUCACUCGCAGCGUGGGAAAGUCUCUGGCAAGCAAGCGCCUCACAGGCCUGAUGCAGUCCUCCUGACAGCUCCAGCCGACCGCCCCGUGGGAGAGACAGCUGGGACCACUGCUGGGGACGGGGCAUUUCAGGGAGAGCAGGUCCCUGCAGGGGAGACAGCCUGAGCAAGUGGAGGCAGAGAGCCACACGCCAGUGGAGCACCUCUCUUCACAGUUUACACCAACACGGCCCUUUCUGCACAGCUCCUUAAGGACCCUGAGCUCUGUGCAGGUACUUUAUUUCCAACUGAGGUUUGGAGGAGCACACUUCACCAUACACGGGAGGUCGACAAGGCGAGGGCUUGCUGUCUCAUUGUUUAAAGAAACAGACCCAGCCACAGCUUGGAGAAAGAACAGCUGACAGAUCAGUGUUUUUUCACAUCUCUUUUCUCCCUGGCACAAACGUGACUGUAAUAAGAUGGCGCCGCAAUCUCACUUACUCCCUUUCAUGUGGCCGUCUGGAUCCAAUAAAAUAUCUGCUGGAAGCUUCUUCUCCUUCUCACAA